AUGGAAACAAAUAAUAAUAAGAAUAUUCAAGAAGAUAUUGCUAUAAUUGGUUUUAGAAUCCCAGGAUGUCAAGAUAAUACCCCAUCAGAGUUGUGGAAUAAUUUAAUGAAUAAAUUUAGUGGUGUUGGUAAAACUACUGAAAGAUGGAGUGACAAUUAUCAUUUAUCUGGUGAUAUUAAUAAUGGAAAUUCCGGUUUAUUACCAUUGAAAGAGUGGAAGAAAUUCGAUCCUGCUUUUUUUGGUAUUAAUCCUACCAUGGUUUCCACAAUUGAUCCACAACAACGUAUUCUAUUAAAGUGUACAUGGGAAGCAUUGGAAGAUGCUGGAAUUGAUCCAAUUAAAUUACGUGGUUCAAAUACUUCAAUUUUCAUUGGUUGUUCAACUGGUGAUUAUCUAGACAUGGUUAAGAGUAACAAUGAAAUCCAGACAAAUCUAUUUGGUUCAGUUAAUCAUUCAUUAUCUAAUAGAAUUUCUUAUUGUUUUGAUUUCCAUGGUGCUUCAAUGACUAUUGAUUCUGCAUGUUCUUCUUCAUUAAACACAGUUUUAUUAGGCUGUCAAUCAAUUAAUCAAGGGAAAUCUAAUUUAUGUAUAGCUGGUGGUGUAAAUUUUAUUUUAGAUACCACUAUUCCAACUGCAUUUUCAUUUUUAAAUAUAUUAAGUAAAAAUGGAAAAUGUAUGACAUAUGAUGAAGGUGCUGAUGGAUUUGUAAGAGGAGAGGGAGCAGGUUUGGUUGUUUUAAAGAGUUUAAAAGAUGCAAUUAAAGAUGGAAAUAAUAUUUAUUGUAUAAUUAAAGGUGGAAAUACAAAUGUUGAUGGUAAUGGAAAUGCUGAUAAAGCAAACUUCUUUCAACCAUCCAAACAAUCGCAGUCAGAUAAUAUUAAAUUAGCAUUGGAAUCUAUUAAAAAGAAAAGUAUGCUUGAUAUCGAUAUUGACUAUGUUGAAACUCAUGGUACAGGUACACCCACUGGUGAUCCAAUUGAAGUUGAAGGUAUAUCAAAGGUUUUUAAAGAAAAUCAUUCACCUGAAAAUCCAUUAUUAAUAGGUUCCCUUAAAUCAAAUAUUGGUCACAUGGAAGCAGCAUCCGGUGUUACUUCAUUAAUAAAAUGUUGCCUAAUGUUCAAAAAUAAAUCUUUUGCACCAAAUGUAAAUUUUCAAAAGAUUAAUCCAAAAAUCAAAUUAGAUGAAUGGAAUAUUAAAGUUGUAACUGAGGCAAUUCCAUUUAAAAAAAAUAAAAUAACAUCAAUGGUUGUAAAUAGUUUUGGUGUAACUGGUUCAAAUUGUUGUUUAGUUUUAACAGAGUCUAUUAAUAAUAAUAAUAAUAGUAAUGUUGAUAAAAUAACAAAGAAUGAAAAAGAAUAUUUAAUCCCAUUUUCAGCAAAUUCUAAUCAAUCAUUAAAGAAUUAUAUAGAGGAAGUUUCUAAAAUUGAUGAAUCUUUACAAUUUGAAGAUUUUGUUUAUAAACAGUUAUCAAAUAAAUCAACAUCUUUAUUUCAACGUUUUGUAGUGACAUCAAAGGAUUGGAAAGAAUUAAAAUAUAAAUUGUCUCAACCUUUACCUUUAAAAGAGAUUUCUUCUAGUAUUUCAGUUAAAAAACCUAAUCCAAUUACUGUUUUUGUAUUUUGUGGUCAAGGUUCACAGUUUAAUAAAAUGGGGUUAGAAUUAUAUAAUAAUGAUAAGAAUUUCAGAAAUUAUAUCGAUAGAUUUGAUAAGAAAUUGUUGGAAUACUAUGGUUAUUCAGUAAUAUCAAAGUUAAGAUCAAUUGAUGAUAACGAUUUAAUUACAAUUCAUGAUCCAAUAAUUGCACAACCUGCAACAGCAAUUUUACAAAUUUCAUUAUUCGAACUUUAUAAACAUUGGGGUAUUAAUCCAUCAUUUAUAGUUGGUCAUAGUCUAGGUGAAUUACCAAUGGCCUUUUGUUCAGGUAUGAUAGAUUUUGAUACGGUUUGCUAUUUACUUUAUCAUAGAUCUUUAGCUCAAUCAAAAACCAAUGGAUGUGGUAAAAUGUUAUCUUGUAAUAUUAGUAGUGAAGAGUUUGUUAAAAACUAUUCACCUCGUUAUCCAUUUUUAGAAAUUGCUUGUUAUAAUUCGCCAAACUCAAUUGUAGUGGCUGGUAAAGAAUCAAUCCUAUUAGAACUAUCAAAAGAAUUUAAAAAUUCUGGUAUAUUUUGCGCAAUGUUAGGUUCAUUAUCAUCAUUCCAUACAAGUAGUCAAUUAGAAGUAAAAGAUCAUAUCUACUCUUUAAAAUUUGAAUCAAAGGAACCAGUAAUACCAACAUUUUCAACAGUAACAACUCAUUUAUUCAAUUCAAAUAAACUAUAUGAUAAUGAUUAUAUUUUUCAAAACAUUAUGAAACCUGUAUUAUUUAAUGAAACAAUUUCAAAUCUUUAUAAACAUGUAGAAAAUAAUCAACUUGGUAGUGAGAUGAUUUUCAUUGAAUUGGCACCUCAUCAAACUUUAUCAUUUUAUUUGAAACAAUUAAUACCAAAAGAUUCAAAUUAUUUCAGUAAUAGUAACUCAAUUACAAUUUUAUCCCCUCUUCAUAAAAAGAAAAAUGAUUAUUUAGAAAUUCAACAAACAAUUUCAACUUGUUAUUGUAAAGGUUAUGAUGUUAAUUUUAAAUCACAGAUCCUCAUAGAAUCUAAAACAAAUAUAUCGAAUAAAUCUUUACCACUUUAUCAAUGGGAUGAUAAAGAGUUUUGGAAAGAUUUAGAAAAACAAAAAAGAAUAUUACAAGGUCCACCGAUGGAUACAUUGGGUUUUUCAAAUGAAAAAUCACCAAUUUUAAAAUCAUUUGAAACCAAAAUUGAUAUAAAGAAAAAACCAUUCCAAUAUUUAAAAGGUCAUAUUGUAAAAGGUAAAAUUUAUUUCCCAGGUGUUGGUUACAUAGAGAAUUUAUUGAAGAUGUAUCCUUCACAAGAUAUUGAUAUAGAUUCCAUGGAAUUUGAAGCACCUUUAAUUUUAAUUGAAGGUAUCGUUACAUGUUUACAAUCAAACGUUUAUAAAAUAGGAAAGAAUGAAUUCAAAGUACAAUUUCAUUUCCAAGAUCAAAAAACAAAACAAUGGAUUCAAUCUUCAUUUGCCAAUUAUCAUUUAUCUCAUAGAGAUGACUUUGAUCCAACUACCAAUAAAUUAAACAUUCAAAAUUUAAUUUCAAAUAAUUGUAAUUUAACCAAAUUAUCAAAGAAUCAAUUUUAUAAUUUCAUAAAGGCAAAAGCAGGUUUAUCUUAUAAUGGAGAAUUUCAAGGUGUUGAAAAAUGUUAUUUAGGUGAUAAUUGUUCAUUGGUUGAAAUUCCAUUUGACACAAGUAAUCAAGAUGUUGAAACCAAUAUUAACAUGAUUCCAAUUUUAGAUUCAUGUUUACAUGGAGUUCAUAUUCUUUAUGUUGAACAAUGUCAAAUGGUUUUAGAAAAGAUUGAAGGAUUAAAAUACUAUUCAUCAACACUCAUAUUAUCAAAACAAAAAGAACAACAGAAAUUAUAUGUUUUCACAAGAAUUGAAAAUAAAGAUUUAAUAAACAAUUCAAUUUCAGCAUCAAUUAUUGUUAUGAUUAGCGAUGGUACAGUAUUUUUUGAAAUUGAAUCAGUAUCUCUAAAAUCUUUAAUUCCUUUAAAAGAUCCAAUAUCAAUUGAAAAUCCAACUGAUGAAUUAUUUUCUUCUUACCUUCAAUCAAUUGAUUCUCUAAUUUCUGAACCAUCAUCAUAUAAAUCGAUUUAUAAAAGAAAUGAAUUUAUUUCAAGUGGAAUGAGUGAUUUAUCAAGAUCAGAUUAUCAACAAUUUAUUUCAACUUUAUUAUAUACAAAUUUAAUUAAAAGAAAUCAAUCAAUUGAAAGUGAUUUAAGAAACCAAAUUGAAUUUGAAGAAAUUAAAGCAAAAUAUUGCAAAAAUUCAAAAUUUGAAAGAUUAUUUACAUUUGUUAUUGAAACCAUUAAACAAUAUGAUGGUAUAAAUGGUAAUCUUAAUAGUUGGAAUGAAGGUAAUAUUGAUAUUUAUAAAAUUUUAAUAAAAUCAACAAGAAUCAUUUCAAAAUUAUUAUUCCCAUUACAAGGUGAAGAUACAACAAUUGAUACACCUCAAUCUUUAUUUGAAAAUAAUCUUUUAGAUGACUUUUAUAAUAUUAAUGGUAACACAGUUAUUCAAAAUCAAUUGGUUGGUGAAAUCAUUACACAAUCUAUAAAACCAUUAAUUAAUGAAAAGAUGGUAUUUAGAAUAUUAGAAUUUGGAGGUGGUGUUGGAUCUUUAUCAAUCGUAACAUUGAAUAAAAUAAACCAAUUACUUGAGCAACAUCCAAACUUUCAAAUUGAUAUAGAAUAUACAUGGACAGAUAUCUCACCUUCAUUCAUUCCAGAUGCUAAAAAACUUCUUUCAAACAUAAAAGGUGUUACUAUUAUUUAUAGAUCAUUGGAUCUAGAAGAAUCAUUGAUUGAAAAGCAAUUAUUAAAACCAUCCUAUUAUGAUUUUGUAAUAAUGUCAAAUGUACUUCACGUUAUUAAAGAAAUUAAAUUUGGUAUUGAUGAGAUCUAUAAAGUAUUAUCGCCAAAUGGUCAAUUAUUGUUCAUUGAAACUCCUUAUAGAAUGUUAAUAUGUGAUAGUAUUUUUGGUGUAUUCGAUCAAUGGUGGGGCUUCACAGAUACUGGAAUUAGAGUUGACAGAUGUUGUAUGAAACAAAAAACUUGGUUUAAAUUACUAUCAGAAAGUAAUUAUCAAGAUAUUAUAAUGUCGGAUGAUAUAAAAGAUUGUUGUUUUGUAAUUCAAGCUAAAAAACCAUCAAUUUCAUCAUUAGAAUAUAAACUUAAAAUUGAUAGUCAAGAAAAUGAUAAAAUAAUUGUUUUUGGUGAAAAUGAUACUUUUAUGAAAUACUUAGAGAAUAAAUCAACAAAACAAAUUAUAAAAAUUAAAACAUGCCAACAAUUUAGUGAUUUGAUUACUAGUAAUUCAAAAGAAAUAAAUAAUCAAUCAAUUAUUUAUUUCAUUAAAACAUUAAAUCAACUUUUAAUUGAAAACUUUAAAGAGAUAACCUUGGAAUAUAUUCAAAUAAAUCAAUUACUAUUAUCAUCUGGUUUAUCAUGCAAACAUAUUUUACUUUUAAAUCAAUCCACAAGUGAAAAUUAUUUAGGUUCAUCAAUUUCAGGUGCAGCAAGAUAUUUUGAUGAAUUCCCACCAUUAAAACUGUAUUCAUUUGAUUUUGAUAAAUACUCUUUAAAUAAUGAAUCGAUCAAUAUUAUUGAUGAUAUUAUUGAACCAAUUAUCAAAUCUAUGAAUAAUUCAAAUAUCAGAAAAGAAUUAUUAGUUAGAAAUAAUAAAAUUUUCUUUGAAAGAUAUAAACAAGAAAAAAGAAUUAAGGAAAAUUAUAAAUCAACAUCAUUCGAAAAUGAUAAAUCAUUAUUUGUUCAUUUAAAUGCAAAUCUGGAAUAUGAAUUAAAAUCUAAACAAGUCAAAUUAAAACAAAAUGAAAUUGAAGUUAAUGUAAAAGCAACUGGAAUUAAUUAUAAAGAUUAUUUAGUUUAUACUGCUAUGACACCAAGUGAAUUAAUAAAUCAUAAAGGUGAAUCAAAUCCAGAAUUUGGCCACGAUUUUUCAGGUAUUAUAACUCGUAUUGGAGAUGAUGAUGGUGAUAAUGAUAAUGAAUUUAAAGUUGGUGAUCAAGUUUAUGGUAUUUGGUUCAAUACUACUGCAAGUCAUAUUAUAGUUGAUAAAGAAUUCCUUUGUCAUAAACCAAGUAAACUUAGUCAUACCAUUGCAUCUUCAAUACCAGUUGUUUAUAUUACAUCAUUAUAUAGUUUAUACAAUAUAGGUAAUAUUCAAAAUGAUGAAUCUAUAUUAAUUCAUUCAGCAUCAGGUGGAAUUGGUUUAUCAGCAUUAAAUAUAUUAAAAUGGAAGAAUCACAAAUCUCAUAUUUUCGUUACAGUUGGUUCAAAAGAAAAAGAAAAAUAUAUUCAUGAUACUUAUGGUGAUUUUAUUACAGGAAUUUAUUCAAGUAGAAAUAAAGAUUAUUUAAAACUUAUUAAAAGAAAGUUAACAGAAUUAGGAUCAAAUAAAAAGGGAGUAGAUAUUAUAUUGAAUACUUUAUCAAGUAGUGAACAUAUGGUAUCAAAUUUCAAAUGUUUGAAUCAUAGAGGUAGAAUCAUUGAUUUAUCAAUAACUCAUUUAAACCAUAAUGAAUAUACUUGUAAUAAUAAUUUCAAAUACAACUAUGGUUAUCAUAAUGUUGAAGUUUUAUUUGUUAAAGGGGAUAUAAUUUCAAAACUAUUGAAAAAUAUUACCUCAGCAAUUGAAAAUGGAUCAUUAUCCACUGGAAUUCCAAUCAUUGAAUUCAAUGAUUCAGAUUGUUUUAAUGCUAUUGAAUUUAUUAAUAAACGUCAACAUAUUGGUAAGAUUGUUGUUAACCAUAAUAAAGAAAAUUUAAUUCAAGAAUUAAUUAAAAAAACGAAUUUACCAAUUAUCAAAUCAAAUUAUCAAAUCAAUAGUGAUCAUCUAGGUAAAAAUAUAUUGGUUACUGGUCAAUCUGGUAUUAUAUUGGAAAUUUUGAAAUGGAUAGUUAAAUAUUCAACAAAUGUUGAAAACAUAAUUAUCCUAUCAAGAUCAUCAUUGAAAUGGGAAUUGGAAUUAUUAGUAAACAAAAAUAAAAACAAAUUGAAUUUCAUUUACAAAAGCGUUGAUGUUGGUAAUUCAUUGGAAAUUGAAAAAGUAAUUGAUGAAAUUUUAAUGGAAAACCCUCAAAUCAAUAAUGUAGAUUCAAUCUUUCAUUAUGCUUUUACUCAAAUCUCUUGUAAAGAACAUGAAAUUGAUCAAGUACAUUUAAAUGUAUCACAUCAAGCAAAAACCAUGGGUGCAAUUAAUUUACAUAACCAAUCAAUUAAAAGAAAUUGGAAAUUAAUAAACUUUAUAAUGGCAUCAUCAGCAGCGGGUCUUAUUGGAUCAACUGAUCAAUGUUCAUAUGUUUGUUCAAGUAAUGUUUUAGAUACAUUUUCAAAAUAUCGUAAACAUGUAUUAGGAUUACCUUCAAUUUGUAUAAACUAUGGUUUAAUUGAAUCCACUGGUUUUGUAUCUCGUAAUCAAUCAGUUGCAGUGAUGUUGGAUGGUCAAGGUAUUAGACCAAUGCAAACAAAUCAAAUUUUAGGAUCAUUAGAUUUAUUUAUUCAAAAUCCUUCAAAAUCUACCAAUAUAAUUUUAACCAGUUUCAAUUUUAAUGAAUUUGCAACAGGUAAUCUCCAACAAUCAAAUGUUCAUAAAUUUGAUUUCCAGUUUAAUUGUUGUUUAUCACAAAAAUCAAAAUUAAUGGCAAACAACCAAGCAAGUGAAAAUCCUGUUAAAGAUUUAUUAAUCAAUAAUAUAUGUGAAUUAUUAUCAAUUGAUGAGUCAAAAUUAAACAUUGAUAUUAGAUUAAUUGAUUAUGGUUCAGAUUCAUUAACAAUUGUUCAAAUUAAAAAUUUAAUUGAUAAAAAUCUAUUAAUACCAAAUUUAAUUUCAAUUCAAAUGUUACAAAAUAACUCAAUCUCUGACAAUAUAAAAAUUUUAACAGAUUCCUACAACAAAAAGAAACAAAAUGAACAAAAUGAAUUAAAAAAUAUAAAAGUUGGUUCAUUUACUAAAAAAUAA